AUGGGACAUUCUGUGCUACCUCCGCGUCUUCACUUCAACUGCCUUCAACGAGAUGCUGUCGUAGAUUCGAUGAAAGAAGACGAUUUCCUUGAGCCGAUACUUUCGCUGGCAACCUCGGUGAUUGACCUUCACGCCAAAUCUCUACCCUCACUUCAGUGCUUCCUUCGCAUCUACGCGCAUCUAUCGCAAUUGCGUCUCAACCCAAUCAUAGCAAUUUGA